AUGGCCACCUCUGGACGCCUCGACUUCACCGUGCGCAGCCUCCUGAAUUUACCCGAGCAGGACGCGCAGCCCCGGGUGAGGAGCGAACCGCAGACGUGCGUUUCUCAAGCCGCCACCUGGCUGGAGUCGGAGCGCAGCCACUACCCGUCUUCUGAUGAGGGCGGCCUGGAGACAAGCCCGGCCGACCGGUCGCAGCUGGCUUCCCUCGGGCCGGCAUCUCCAGGCUCCGACACCGAGAAGAGGAGGAAGCGGCGGGUGCUGUUCUCCAAAGCCCAGACCUUGGAGUUGGAGCGGCGCUUCCGGCAGCAGCGCUACCUGUCGGCGCCCGAGCGGGAACAGCUGGCUCAACUCCUGCGCCUCACGCCCACGCAGGUCAAGAUCUGGUUCCAGAACCAUCGCUACAAGCUGAAGCGUGGCCGAGCGCCAGGGGCCCCGGAGUCGUCGGAUCUGGCAGCACCAGCUGACCCUCCUGCCGCUCCUAGCCUGCUGCACCACGUGGUGGUGCCCGUGCUAGUGCACGACGGGCCACCGUGCAGCCGCAGGGGUGAGGGGACCGCUGCGGUGGCCCAGGACAAGUGCAGUGCACACCCCGCCACCGCGUGCCCAGUGCCGGGCUACGCAGCCUUCGGGCCAGGCUCGGCGCUGGGGCUCUUCCCUGCCUACCAGCACUUAGCACCCCCAGCUCUGGUCUCCUGGAACUGGUGA